GCAGCAGUUCUCUGGAACUUGGCGAUUCUGGGGCAGAGACAGAACCUUUAUGUCUAGAAUCGGAAUUACUGCUGUACACACCACAUUUUGUGCAAAGAGACUCGAAAGCGACGAACCAGGAUGGGAGUCGAGCUUGAAACAAUAACUCCUGGAGAUGGAAGCACUUUCCCUAAAAAAGGACAGACGUGCGUCGUACACUAUGAAGGGUCGCUGACAAACGGACGCAAGUUUGACUCCUCUCGGGAACGAGGCAAGCCUUUCAAAUUCAAGAUAGGCAAGCAGGAAGUGAUUCGUGGUUGGGAUGAAGGAGUAGCCCAGAUGAGUGUAGGACAGCGAGCCAAGCUGACUUGCACUCCAGACUUUGCAUAUGGGAGCAAAGGUCACCCUGGCAUCAUCCCUCCUAAUGCCUCCCUCAUAUUUGAUGUGGAACUUCUGGGCUUGGAGUAAGAGAUCCACAGUUCAACUCAGGUUUUUCCCUAUUAAUUCUUUCAGGGUCAGCCUUUCUGGGGAACAUGGUCUCCUGCACGUGGUCCUUGAAAGGGGCUAGUGUUGAUAGUUAUACCACUUAUCUUAGCUCUGUAAUCCAUUUGUAUAUUUUGUUGCCUUUUUAUUCCUUUCCAGUUAGACACGAUCAUUGGCAUGCUCUCACCCACUGGAUGUUCACUAUGAAACCUUUCUCCUUUCUCCCUCUUUUUGUAUUUGAUUUCUGUGUUGUAAACACGAUCAGUACAACAGGGCUUUGGCUGAGCUGGUAGUCUGUACUCUGUUGGGGAAAUUUGGAUAAUUCUGAAACAAACUACUUAAAUAAACAUUGUUUAUAAAAAGACAA